AAUGGGUGGCCAAUUGCAGGAGGGAGAGCCAUAUCCCUUGAGGAGGUUGCAAAGGUUGGAGGCUACAACGCGUUCUUGCAAAGCUCCUUACCAGACCGAUUAUGUGCUUAUGAUCCAUCUACUGAGACAUCUGAGUCAUCCCAUCACGCAUUCGGAACAGCAUUUCCUCAUGGAUUUGCCUUGGAAAUCCUUCGGGUGUUUUCAGGUCCUCCGGUGGUUGCCUAUAAGUUCAGACAUUGGGGUUAUAUGGAGGGUCCUCUCAAAGGCCAUGCUCCAACUGGGGAGAGAGUUGAAUUGUAUGGAGUAAGCAUCGUUGAGGUUGACGAAUCCAUGCGAAUUGAGAAGCUGGAGUUCAUCUAUGAUGCCGCGGAAUUGCUUGCCGGACUUCUUAAGGGUCCUGUUUUGAAGGAAUUUGAAUCUCACACCUCACCAAAAUCAUCUCUCCAUUGCCCUUUCUUGAAAGAGGUGUAGGAGUUUGUCAUUAGGAGUUGAACUAUGUAUGAUUAUCCUGUUCCUAUGCGACAUUUUACUGAAAUUCCCUUAAAUUUGGCUAUGAGAUAGGAAAUGAAAACUGUUGGCGCUACAAGUGACACAUGAAUAUAUUAUGAAUAAUGAGUAAGGAGUGUUGGCAUCAA